GAUCACGUGACAUUACACGGAAGUGACGCGGUUGCUCAAAAAGAGUUCAGCAAAAAAGCAUCUGGGAGCAAAAUAACCAGCUGGCUUAAAUUCAUUUUACACCACAAGACCAAAGGAGGUGACUAACAGACGACCAGGAGACUUAACACAUCUGUGAGUAGACGUCCAUUAUGAAUCCUGUGUACAGCCCUGGGCCAACAGGGGUCCCCUUUACCAACACUAAGGGUUUAGGCUACCCAGCUGGAUUCCCUGUUGGCUACGCAGCAGCUGCUCCAGCAUACACUCCCAAUAUCUAUGCAGGAGCCAACGCAGCCUUCCAGAGUGGCUAUGCUUCAGGCACUCCUUUCAAAAUGUCCUGCUCUCCUAAUACUGGGACCGUCCCCCCGUACUCCUCUUCCCCCAACCCCUACGCUGCUGCUAUGUACCCCGUCAGGAGCACCUACCCCCAACAGAACCCCUAUGCACAGGCACUAAUACCUUCACAACAACAAGGCACUUACUACACACAGCCGCUGUAUGCUGCUCCGCCUCAUGUUAUCCAUCACACUACAGUGGUCCAGCCCAAUGGGAUGCCUGCCGCCAUGUAUGCCCCGCCCAUGCAUCCUCCCCGCCACAACAGUGUUGCCAUGGGGAUGGUCGCUGGCACCACCAUGGCCAUGUCAGCUGGAACUUUGCUGACAACUCCAUCACCAGCGUCUGUUGCUCCGCACCAAGUCACGAUGCCCACAUAUCGGCAUCCCACCACACCCAGCUACAGCUAUGUGCCACCACAGUGGUGAAGAAAGGGAAGCGUCAGAUGAUGGUAGAUAUGCAUUCACACUCUACUCCAGUGUUUUUUGCUAUUGGUGAAGACCGGCCCAGCCAGUGUCUGCUACCAGUUACUCUUCUUCCAGCAUAAUGUGAAUCUAAAACCCAACUACAUAGAAAGAAGCCCAUUUGGAUAGUAGGGGGGUGAAGAAUAGGCCCAUCCCCAUGACCCCUCUCAAUGGAAUAAGGCUGCAUUCCAUGUCACACCCCAGCGCCAGCACCUCUACCUGCUGCAUAUCUCACAUCCAACAGCAAUGCCUCCAUGCAAACUUUUUUGUGGACUGUCAUGCAGGUUUUUAUAGGCUUAAACUCUUAAAAAAGGGAGUUCGGAAUUGUUUUUUGUUGUUUCUUUUAAUUUGAGGGAUACAUAUGAUGUUGAAUGCAUGUGUAUAUAUAGAUAUAUGAAGUAAUGCUAGCGCAAUCUACCUGCUGUGACAGAUGCAAAAUCAACAAAAGGCACACAUCCAAAGGAACUAAAAAAGUAAUAAUCUGCAAUGCUGAAUCACCAGUGACCAUGUCUUACAUGUGAAAGAAGAAAAGACAAAAUGUUUAUUCAUGCAAAAACAUACCUGCACAAACAAAGUGCAGACUAAACUGUACUAUUUUCACUGCUUUGUGUUUUGGUAAAUGGAGCUAGGUUUUUAUUCUUUGUCUCAGUGAUGCAGUGUAUGCAUUUCGUCUUACCAUUUUUGUAUUUUAGGAAAGAUGGGACUUUGAGUUUGUGCCUCUGACUGACGGCCAUUCCAACACUUAAUCAGUGUUUUAUUUUGCCUGCUCUGUUAAACCUUUUAGGAAAAGCGUAUCAACAUUUCCAAAAGUGUGAAGCAGCUUUUUUCCCCUCUACUCUGCUUUUUCGAGUGAUAUCAGUGUUAAAACUAUUCACUUAUAUUAGCUGGAAAUAUUCUUACUUGGGAACAUGUAGAGGAACUUAUUGGAAGUCAUUUGCACCCAUUUAGUGGAGGGUAGCAACAGUGUCGUGUGUGCGUGUAUGCUUGUGUGUGUAUGAAAGAGGAUCUAAAAUAGAAACCAUUCAAAAUGGUGCCAUAUAGUGCGAAACGCCUAGAAUAUUCGACCUACAUCUCACAGUAAUAAAUUUGUCCUUAGGUAGGUCUGAAGCACUACAUCAUUAAAUCACUGCUAACUGUGGACAUGUUAGGGAAACAAGAUAUAAUGUUAAACUCCAUUUGUGAAUAGCACUACUGAAAGAAGGCACUAAUUCAGAACAGUAAAGAUAUCUGACCUUUUACAUUGCUCGCUGUUUUACCUCAAGGUUUUAGGCUAACCCACCAAUAUCACUGUUUCAGACAUGCUUUUCUAUGUUGCCUCAGUCACCUCAGUUAAAUAAUCUGUUUUGUAAAUGUUAUUUUUGUGAUUUUGGUUCUUGUUUUGUAUUCUAAAGAAAGACCAAAAAUAAAACAAAUAUAAGAAUAA